CAAUUACAUUAGGCAUGACACAACGUUAGUUUACGAUACUUCCAAAAUUAUAGUUUCUUGUUUUAUGUUAAACUAUUUCCGUUAAUUUGAUUAUAUUAGUUUUUUCCGUUAAAUUCUUUGUACUAUGGAUGACUCAGAUAGCCCGAAUAAUCAACUUUACCGAUAUGGACCUCCGUUUUAUUUGGCGUCCCAAAAGAAAGUCCCAUUUGCCGAAAUCUAUUUGACAUCUUUUGUAUCAGCCUGCACAGCGGAAAUUGUUGGAUAUCCCUUCGAUGUCUGCAAGACGCGUCUGCAUAUUCAAGGUGAGAUCGCCAGUAAGACGGCAUCGCCAGUGAAGUAUCGUGGCAUGGUGGCCACAGCGAUUGGCAUCAUCAGGGAGGAGGGCAUUCACAAGCUCUACGGCGGAAUUUCGGCCAUGGUGUUGCGACAUUCGAUCUUCACCGGUCUCAAAAUGUACCUAUACGACACGUUUCGUAGCCAUCUGAUUGUCAUCGAUAAGGAUGGCAAAGCCAGUUUACCAUUUCUUCGUGGCGCCCUCUGUGGCAUGAUGGCGGGAGCUGGCGCCAAUAUGAUCUCAUCGCCCACCGAUCUGAUCAAGGUGCAAAUGCAGAUGGAGGGCAAGCGACGUCUGAUGGGUGAACCGCCCAGAAUACACAACAUUUUCCAGGCUCUCACCUCAAUCUACCGAGCUGGGGGAGUUCCCGCACUCUGGAAGGGCACGGUGCCCAAUUGUACUCGAGCAGCUCUGGUCACAAUGGGCGAUGUUAGCUGCUACGAUCAGAGCAAACGCAGGCUAAUGGUGCUUCUUGACUCACCCGACAAUCGACUCAUACAGUUCAUGGCAGCGAUGAUUGCGGGUUUCACUGGCGCUGUUCUCAGCACACCCGCAGAUGUGGUCAAGUCGCGGAUUAUGAAUCAGCCCACGGAUGAGAAGGGUCGUGGUCUGCACUACAAGGGCAUGAUCGACUGUUUCACGAAGCUGGUGCGGGAGGAGGGAGUUGUGGCGAUGUACAAGGGCUUCUUGCCCUUUUGGCUACGUGUCGGACCCUGGGCGAUGGUGUUCUGGACGACAUUCGAGCAGAUUCGACGCUUCCGAGGCGAUGAGGGUUAUUAGACAAAACAUCAAGUUAUGUGCUAGUAAUGUCAAAUUGAAUGUGUACUUAUUUCGUAUGUAGUAAUAAAUAUUAAUAAAUUUUUGAUGAUGGAUAAA